UCCCCCCCACCCCUCCCCUCAGGCAAAUCACUCCAGACGGCGCAUGCGCGACGGCGGAGGGAGCGAGAGGGUCCCGAUGCAUCCAGAGGGCACCGAAGGAGGAGUUGUGGCAGCCACGACGGCCAUGGAGCAGUGAGGAAAACAGCAGCGGCUGGAGUUCUUGUCUCUCUGUUCCACAAAUCGUACCAGCUUCCACGCUACAACAUGGAACCUCGUCAGCCGGUGCCUUUGCAGCCCGAGCAGAGUUUUGUCCGAGAUGCCAGACAGAACAUGGCUGACCUCUCCCUGUGGACGGUGGUGGCUGCGAUCCAAGCCGUGGAAAGAAAGGUGGAUUCUCACGCCACCCGGCUGCUGAACCUGGAGCGAAGAAUGAUGACCAAUGAGAAGAAAUACGUGGACUGUGAGAAUGCUGUGGUGGAUUUUGGCAAUCAGAUGGAGUGCAAGUUGACUGCCUUGGGGACCCUGAUCCAGGAGUACGGGCUGCUGCAGAGGCGGCUGGAGAACAUGGAGAACCUGCUCAAGAACCAGAACUUCUGGAUCCUGAGGCUCCCUCCGGGCUCCAAGGGAGAAACUCCCAAAGUGCCAGUGUCCUUUGAGGACAACUCUGCCUACUUCUCUGAGCAAGAGUGGGGGAACCUGGAGGAGUGGCAGAAGGAGCUGUACAAGAACAUCAUGAAGAGCAACUACGAGUCGUUGGUCUCGCUGGACUACGCUAUUGCUAAACCAGACCUUCUGUCCCGCCUUGAACAAGGGGAACGCCCCUGUCAAGAAGAGGAGGAGGAAGAGGAAGGGGAGGUCUCGAAGGGGAGAGAGAUUGCUUCGGAUCCCAGCCCAGAAGCGCUGGUUUUUAGGCCAGGCCUGGCCUCACAAAUGGAAGCAGGAGAAAAUGUUCGGGGUGAUGGAGACCAGGAAACAGCUGAAGGAAGGGUGGCCCCAGGAGAGGCUAGUGCCGACUUCGGAGUGGCCGCCCCGUCCUUUGGCUCCCAAGGGAAACAGGAUCAAGAGGGGAAGCUUGAGGGCCCCGAGGUCUCCGAGGAAGGCGAGUUGCGCGUCAAGCCAAGCGCGGCUCUCCCCGUGGACAAAGAGUUGAUGGAAGCCAAGCAAGAGAAAAAGCCUGAACCCCACGAGUUGUGGACACCGAUGGGAGCCGUCCGGGAAAGUGUCCUUCUGGGCAAGGGGACCCUUUGCCCCGAACUCUGGCUGGGACUCCCUCCGGGAGAGCCGAGAGGCUUCAGUCCCCUGGUGGCCAGUCUGGCCGAGUGGCAGAAGCACGGGGAGGCCGCGGGGAGGCCCUCCUACUCCUGCCCCGACUGCGGGAGAAGUUUUGCCUUCCCGGCUGGCCUCCCAGACCCUCGGCAGAGCCACAGCAGCCUCGGAUCUCCAGGGAGUAGCCUGUCCUCUCCGCCCAAGAGCGAGGGCCUCCUUCUGCACCCGCUCGGGUACCUGCAGGAGGCAGGGGAAGGGAGGUUGUCUCCCUCGCAAAGCGGGGAGAAGGCCUGGGCGUGCCCAUGGUGCCAGCAGCGCUUCCGCCUGCGAGUCAACCUGCUGAUCCACGAGAGCAGCCACUUGGAGGCCGCGGCAGAGCUGAGCGGCCAGGAUCGGCUGGCGUGCCGCUUCUGUCCCCGGCGUUUCGGCCGCUCGGACCACCUGCUGCGGCACCAGAUGAGCCACACGGGGGCCCGGCCCUACCAGUGCUCGGCCUGCGAGAAGAGCUUCACGGACAAGAGCAAGCUGACCAAUCACUACCGCAUCCACACCGGGGAGCGCCCCUUUCGCUGCUCCGUCUGUGGCAAGCACUUCAUCCGGCGGCACCACCUCAUCAAGCACCAGCGGACCCACACCCGCGAGCGGCCCCACCAGUGCCCCGUCUGCCCAAAGAGCUUCAUGCAGAAGCACCACCUCCAGAAGCACCUCCGCACGCACACGGGCGAGAAGCCGUACCCGUGCAGCCGCUGCCCCAAGGCUUUCUCCUGCCGGCAGCGCCUCCUGCAGCACUGCUGUGGCGGCGGGGGCCUCUCCUCGUCCUUGGCCCCGGGAGGAGCCGGGGAGCCCGGGACAUCCUCGGGAGGCCCGGUGUUCAGACAAGGCCGUCCUCACCCGUGUUCCAAAGAAGAGCAAGACCUGGCCUGCCUCUCGGCCAUUUAGAGGACUAACAGACCACCUCUGAAAUUCCUCCCCUUUUUUUUCUCCUUGGGGCUGCUUGGCUUUGGAAGUACCGUCGGGAGCACAACUGGCCCCCUGACUGAAGUCGUCCCCUUGGUUGGGAACCUCCUUUAGCUCCUCCACCAAUUUGGCAAUGAAGAGCAAGCUGCCCUUCCGUGGAGGAGGAGGAGGAGGAGGAGGAGAAGGAAGGGGACCACUCUGCCAAACAGCAGCUCUUCUACAAACUUUGGUGGGGGCGAUGGGGAGUCCCUUUCCUGCUCUUUCUCCGCUGACCAAGCAGCUCCCAGGAGGUAGCGGAGGCUUUAGCACCAGAGAACCGCUGUUCAGAACAGGUCGAUGGGAAAAGGAGCGAGGAACAGUCGGUUGGACCUCCCAGGGCCUUCCCCCCAUGGACCAGGGCUGCCACAGAUUCUGGUUAGCCAUUAAAUAUGAUGACGGAAAAGGGUCUUAAUGAUGCAUUUGACAUGUGCUUAGAAAAAGUGUUGUGAAUGAAUGUAAGUAUUAUGAAACCUUAAACUUUUUUUUUUUGCCAAUGUUACAUUUUCUUUUUCAGGUGCUCUAAGGCAGU